CCUCGGAAUGCAUGUCUCUGCCGACACUUUUUUUCAAAUAAGAAGAGGAGAAAGUCUGCACCAGUUUCGGCGCCGAUGAUAAAUCCUCAACCAUCAUCUUUGGGAUAUCCAAGUGAGAGAAGUCAAUCAAGCUACUACCCAGGCGGGAAACGCAUCACAAAGGUCGAGACCGAAGCAAUUUCUACCUUGAUGGAAAAACAUAAGCUUGCUCCAGAAAAUACGCGUCUCCAGAAAAUCGGAGAUGGGGAGAUCAGUGCUGAGAACUCUGACAUUUACGAGAUUCUUCAAGCGUCUUCAGAAACCGACCCCGAACCGCGACUAUUGGACGUUAUCGAAAUUGGUGACCGUCGGGCGAAGAUCUUCCUUCGCAGGGGUGAUCAUGUCGUUGAAAUGACGAAGAUGUGCGAGGAGCUCAGCCAGGCGCGUGACAUUGCAUCUACUCAAGAGCAGAAGACUGCGAUAUCCCAGCUAAUACACAGCUUCCGUACCGGGAAUUAUGAAUCCUUCCGAGAUGCUCAUAAGACCUGGGUCAAGGAUAGAGCCCCCAAAGUUGAACACUGCAUGGGCUUUCUAUUCGGCUAUCGCGACCCUUGUGGCGCAAGAGCUGAGUGGCAGGCAGCGGUAGGUAUUGCGGAUCGAGAGGAGACAAACAAAAUGAGCCGGCUCGUGGCAAGGUCUACUGAACUCAUUCGGGCGCUUCCAUGGGCAGUCCCUGAUGUGAAUGAUGGGAAAGGGCCAUUCGAGCCGAGCGAACUGGAUGUUCCAGACUUUGCAAUCAUCCAUGUCAUUGCGAAUGUGUCGAGCACUGUGUGGGAAGCCACUAAUAUUACCAUUGAUGGAAAACGUCACGGCGUCAAGAACAUGGUCUAUGGCAAUCGUAUGCAGCUGAAAAGCAGCCCGGGACGGCCGUGUUACUAUGUCCACCCUUCAGAAGCCGAUGCCUAUAUGGCAUGCGCUCACUCAGUAAGAUUUGUUGGGACCGCUAUCCACGAACUUCUUGGUCAUGGUACCGGAAAAAUGCUCUCGGAGACUGCUCCUGGCAAGUACAACUUCGACCACGAAAAUCCUCGGAUAAGUCCGGUGACAGGCCAGCCGGUCCAAACUUGGUAUAAGCCGGGAGAGUCCUGGAACAGUGUCUUUGGAAAGCUCGCUCCGAGUGUAGAGGAAUGCAGGGCUUUUCUCGUGUCAUCCUACCUCGCUGAUAACGAGGACAUUCUAGCCUUGUUUGGCUACAAUGAGGACAGCACACUGACCGCAGAUGACUCUAAGAAUCUCUCUGAAAUGAUAUCUACGAAUCUAACUAGGAAUAGUCAUCUACUAUUCAUACCUUCACUUUGGUGUUCAAGGCCUCUCUGCGUUGAGCAGCUUCGACUCUGA